AUGGUGGACGAUUUCAGUGCGCACAUCAGAGCAAAGACUGAAAAGUGGAAAGGUGUGAUUGGAAAGAACUGCCCUAGCGACUUCAACUGCAGCGACAUGACGUUGAUGCCGUUUCUGUCACCACCUUGUUUUCAGCACUCUCUGCUGCAAGCGAUGGGGCACCAUGCGGAGGCUUGGUGGAAAAGCACCAGGGAAUCAGAUCGCAAGCAUUAA